AUGCCAACAAAGACUGGCGAGGCGAGGCGAGACGGAACGAGGGCAGUGAGAAAGAGAAAUGAAGUUCGUCUUAGUGGUCGUCGUUGGGGGUUUCCAAGGGCGCUGGCGCCCGUGCAAGCAGUGCCGAUGACAAAAUAUGAGGAGAGGAGGGGAGGCGAUCUACCUUUGUUUAUGGCUGCUUUUGAUAGGGCAGAACAAAACAAAGGACAGAGAGGUAAAAGAGGAAGAGUCGAGAGGACGCAGGAGGAGGCGAGAGGUAAAAAAGGAAAACGAUGUAAAGCAGUGGUGGAAGAGGAAAAAGGGAAGCGGCAAUUUAAGACGGCGGGUGACAAGAAAAAGUUAGUACUGUACCUACCUACUCUGGGUAUGGAAGAGUACUUUGCUAAUCAUGCCGCUCUAUAUGCCGUUGCAAGUACUCGUCAGGUUAAUGGGAAAAGUGCAGGACUAAUUCCUAUAAAAUUCCGCCGUUAG